AUUUGCGUAUCGUAUCACACCCAUGACACCUCCCUUCCAUUAAUUUUAUUUUUCUAACACUUUUAACAUUAUUUCUGAACACUGAAAAUUCUAGGAGGAGCCUAUAUUUCCUUGGCGAUGACAGUUCGCCUCACUUCACUACAACCAAUGUGCAUCGUGAAGAUGACACGUUCAUGGAAUAUGGGUAUGAAGCUGCUUUAACUCUUAAGAUAUUUUAUCAGUUUAGAAGCUAGAAGUGCCACAUCAUCUGCAACUUUGAAAAUAUUCUUGCAAGUUUUUUUUUUACGAGAACAUAUUGUAAAGUGAUUUUACCUCGAUUUGUUUGUCUGUACAUUCCUUAUACACAAUCCAUACUCCGUUUCACUACUUUGGGAUAAAGUCAGAUCGACACCGAGUUUACUUUAACGGUUCUGAUUAAAUCAAAUCUCGUUUUAUUUCAUAUUAAGUCGACUUGAUUCGAAGGAGAUUUUAUAAUUUUCAUGUAUGAGAUAAUCAAUUCAUCAUACAUUGGUAAUAUUGAUAUUAAUUUUAUAUUUCAGUCAGUAACAGAAUAUUGAUGCGAAAAAUUCUUUUCGUUUUGUUAAGUGACAAUAUGUACCCUCCCUUUAAAUUUUAUAGAAAAGGUGACAAUGAGUCACUGGGCGCUGCAACGGCUGAUGCUAAAGAACUUAAAAGGAUAGAGUCCGAAGCAGAGGAAGAAUUGGAUAGGUAUUCUCAAGAAGCUGUAGAUGCUGCACUAUUGACGGUAGCUGAAGAAUAUUUGGAGAAUUUCGCUGAAACAUUUGUAACAAGUAUUAUCAAGAACACCAACAAGGAAACAGACGGCGCCAAUUUAGAAAAAUUGAAACAAAGGUCAACCGAUGAAGGAUCUUUUAAAAUUGAGCACGAGUCCGGCUCCAUUACAGAAAAGAAUGUAAAUCUGCUUUCUCCCGUUGACUACACAUCAUUAUGCGUGCCCAAGGACUACUGUAUCUUCGGUAACUAUGGCAACCGUUUAGACGAAACCACGAAGGAGGAUCGAGAGGCUGUGCUCUUAAAACGAGGGGUGUGGCCAAGCGACGAGGCGAUCGAAUAUCAAUUCUCAUUCGUCGAAAUGAUGAAAGCCUUUGAGAUUAAGAGAGAAACAGAAGCAGAUUGUAACUUUACACCACUGUCAACAUCGAGAAGACGCGAUGUUUACAAUGAUGAUGAAAGCGACAGUGAAUUCCUUGAUCAAAAUGACGAGAUUUUGACGAUCAAUUUUGAGGUUGGACCAUCCACGAUCAACCGCUAUCCUGACAAAUCAUCUCAUUACCCGUCAAACGACACUGUGGAUGAUGUCUUGGGCAAUCUGGAAGAGGACGACGGAAAACAUUCAACAAAACCCAUACCAUCGCCACCACACACUGGGAAAAAAUGGGAUAGGAUACCUCGAUCUAAUUCUGCGUAUGAACUAUUAUCAGCUCAUCAUCGACGGGAAUGUGCCUCUCCUCCUCCUCCUCAUCCCAGCCAUCCCAACUCCCAGAAUGAGAAUAUUAAAGCCUUUUAUCCCACCAUUGCUGGCCCAACAGAGGUACGUCCCCAUAUGAUGAUGAGGCAAACUAGAAGGGAUAGUAGGGAUCGAAAGAGAUACGAGUCCAGACCAGGUUGUCCUCAUCAGUGGCGGUAUAGGAGGUACCAUGAGAGUACAGCCCAAUCUAACUACCGAGUACCUCCGCCUCACUACUCUAAUUCUAGUUAUAGAAGUGGACAGCGGUUUGUAGGUGGAUACGAUCGAAGAAAUAGUUACCAUCAAAACCAUGAACAAUAUUACAACCAUCAAGAAUCUCCACCGAUUGAAAGGAACCAUCAGGUACGACCGCGUCCUUCUCGGAUUCAUUACAACCCUAGCCGCCAAUCAGCCGCGCACUACGACCCAACUCCUUCAACAUACAGACAAAGGGAUAGAUGGGAUACAUCCAUCUGUCAACAUGGUCAACUGCAUAUAUACCAACAAGAAUGGGACAGAUCUGUGCAUCCUCAUGAUCACUUUCAACCAUCGUAUGAACCCAAUUUCCACCGUCACCACAAUUUUCGCGAUAGUAUAAACAGACAACAGAGAUAAUACUAACUGAUCGGCAAAUUUUUAGUUUGCUAUCAUGACUUAUUCUGUACUACAAACCCCUUCAAAAAAACAAACACCAAACAAACAAUAUGAUGCAAAGUAUGGCGGACUGACAGUGCAUUUAAUUUUGUGUACAUGUUAUGAGAUUUUUAAUGAAGAGGAGAAGGUCCAAGAAAAUAAUUUCUCUCCAUUAACUUGAGUCAGAAGAAGGGUGCUGCUGUAAACAGUUGUGAUUAAAGGGAAUAUGUGUUUCUAAAAAUAAAAAAGUAUUAGCAUGAGACUUUGUACUUGAUGCGAUGGCCCUGACAAAUGUACAAGAAAGUUGAGCGAUUGGGCGGGAUUAUCUACAAUGCUUAAUUAAUAGAAGCAAUACAAUGUGAAUAGAGGUGGAGAGAGUUCAGAUAUGGUAUAAACGGAUUUUUUGUUUGAAGCAAACAAACUUGUAAUAAUUUGAUUUUAUGUAUACACAUGCACACACCCACACACACACCCUCACACAUUAUAUUUGAUUUGAUUUGUUUAUUUCCACAUUCCGAUAAAAAAGUAUUUACAAAUGUAAUCAAGUUUUUUCUCAGCAUAACAAACAUAACAAUAAGCAAAUUACGUAAUGAAUAACAUAUGCAUACAUUUUAACAAUCCAAUUGAAAGAAAUAUUUAUGUAGAUAUAAUUUAUGUAUAUCUGGUGUCGUGUCUCCUUAUACCAUAGGCGUGGCCCACAUCAAAUUUGUAGCUAUAGUAACAUAACAAUAUUUAAAACUAUUUAAACUAACUUAAAUCUAACCAAUGAAGUUAAAGAAAAUAGGA